AUGUCCAGCACCCAGUUCUCACCGGGCGCAUCUCAUGCUGCUCGAUCACGUCUGGUCCCACCCAACCCUCCUCGAGACUUGAGCCGCGUCCCCUCAAACCCCCGCGACAAACGACCACCGCACCGAACAACCCUCGAGCCGCCGGUCGCUCAUCAUCACCAGCGUUCUUCCUCGCCUCGACUCCAUGCUGCCAACUCUCCAUCACUCACGAGACGUCAAAGUCAACAAGCCUCCUUGCCCGGCGGACCCGCAAGAUUAGUCGACCCUGGUGGCGCCUCCGUCGUCGCCAACGCCAACGCCGACGCUGCCGCUUCGCCACGACGUCACGCCUCUCCUCACCCACCACGCGUCUGGCCCGACGACGAAAUCUCCCUACCGCGUCUACGGGACGAUCCUAUAGAUAGAGCCCUCGCUUCGUCUGGCUGGUCGCCCGACGCUCUGAAUCACCUCUUCACCAGUGACGCCAUACUCAACGACCUUGCCAACAACACUUUUUCCUCGCCCUCCACCUACCCAUCCUUCAUGACCACGAACCAGCCCUCGCAGCCCCAAAUCUCUACAGAGGACGCUACCAUCUCGCCACUUCUGCUUGCCGACAACAUGCCCGCCACCACGCGCCGACGCAGCACGACUGUCAUGCCAGCCUCGUCACCUCCCACCACAGCGCGAAGGCUCCAUGCAGCGUCUCGAGACAGCGGCCCGCCCGCCAAGAAAAUAAGAAUGGGCAACGACGAAGAGGAUCCGUUCAAGAGCCCAUCACCACUCUUCAGCGAGGAGCCCAUCGACCUGACCGAUCCCGCCAUCCCCCCCGAACAAGCCGUACGGAGCCCAAAGUCGCCGCCUAAUGUAAAGCUCGCAAGUUUCCAAUGUGCCAUCUGCCUCGACAACGUCGAGAACAUGACCGUCACACACUGCGGCCAUAUCUUCUGCGCACAAUGUCUUCACUCUUCGCUCUGCGUCGAAUCCACAAAAGGCCGCUGUCCAAUGUGCCGCUCCAAGAUCGACAUCAAGCCGCGAGACGAAUACAACAGCAAGACAAAGGGGUUCUACCCCAUCGAACUAAAGUUGAUGACCAAGUCAAGAAAGGGCAAGCGCAAGGUCGGGGAUACAUUGUAA